AUGGGUGUCUACCGCGUCGAGGUGUGUCCUAACAACCGCGCCGGUUGUCAAGUCAAAGAAUGCAAAGAUUCUGGCACCAAGAUCACGAAAGGCGAGUUGCGCUAUGCGACACAGGUCACCAUCAAGGAUCAUGUCAGCUGGCAAUACCGCCAUUGGGGAUGCGUCACUCCUAAGCAGAUUGAGAACCUGGUCGAGACGUGCGGAGGUGACACUGACAUGGUCGACGGCUAUGACGAGUUGCCUGCCGAGUUUCAAGAGAAGAUCGAAUUCGCGCUUGAGAAUGGCCAUAUUCCAGAUGAAGACUGCACACGCGACCCUGAGCUGAAUCGUUUGGGGGCCAAGAAGCCCAGGGCAAAGAAAACCAAGAAGAACGCCGAAGACGAUGACGACGAAGCAACUGACGAGAAACCUAAGAAGAAGCGCGCAACCAAGGCCAAGAAGGACGAAGUCAAAGAUGAGGUCGAGGACGAAGACGCUGAGGACGCUCCCGCACCAGCUCCGAAGAAGCGCACCACCAAGGCCAAGAAGGUCAAAGAUGAAGAAGAGGACGAUCUUCCCGCUCCAGCCCCCGCCCCUAAGAAGCGCGGUCGACCCGCCAAGAAGGAAGUUGACGAAGAAGAUGGCGAGAAAGAGACUGCUCCUCCAGCAAAGAAGCCUCGUGCUAAUGGUAGGACUAAGAAGGCUCCUCAGCACACCGAGGCUAGCGAGGAGGAAGCGCCCGCACCCAAGAAGGUUCGAGGCAAGAAGGCUGCGCCCAAGCAAGAGGUAGCAGACGAGGAUGACGAAGAGGAUGUCCCGCAACCUAAGAAGGCUCGAGGCAAGAAGGCCGCAGCUGCCAAGGUCAAGCCUGAGCCUGAGGACGGCAGCGAUGUCGAGGAAGAAGCUCCCGAGCCCAAGAAGAUUCCCCAGAAGAGGGGCCGCAAGAAGGCCGCCGCUGUCGACGAGUAA